CAAGAAGCAGAUACUCUAGACUUCUGAUUACCCACAUACAUGUUGACCUCAUAGAAAGCGUGACCUAAAUUGAGUGUGGUAAACAGUGUGAGUAACAGAAAUUUUGAUGAUGUUAGCAGUUCAACACUCUAUAUACUGAGAGACUGAAAGUAGUAGCAUUGUCAGCAUUGCAGAAACAAAACACGGUCCAAGUGUUCUUGUCGGACAUUUUCUCUUGGUAAGUUUAUAGAUUACUUUUUUUUAAAUAUAAAUGUAUAUUUUACAAUUAAAUACACAUUGCCUAAAAUGGACAUAAACAUGAAACUACAUAGCUGUAAUGUAUGGAAUUAGAACAAAAGACUGAUGCAAAUUAUAUAAUUAACAAUUAAUAUAUCAUUAACAAUUAUUAUAUAUUUAACAAUACAUUCAGCAAUAAUUGGUUUAUUACAAUUUCUUUUCCAUAAACAUUGAUCCUUUGCAAGUAUGCAAGUAUUUGUUUUCUUUAUUAGCCAGAAGAACUUGAACCUGAAACACGAUGGCAGCAAUUGUUACUGGUCUGAUCCCCAUCCUCCGCACUGCAGUGGACGCCACCACCACCUACAAAGGUCGCACCGUGUGGUUUGGCUUUCUCUGUAUUCGCCUCAUGACACUUUUUGUUGCUGAAAUGCCUUGGUUUAAACUGGACUCGGACUUCAGCUGCAACGUUACCAAAGACAGCGUGUGCACUAAAGCCUGCUUCAACCAACAUUUUGACAAGCCUGUGGUAAUGGCUUGGAACUAUAUUUUUGUCCUCCUCAUCCUGUCCGUCCUGCUCAUGGAGCUCUUCACUGCUCACGUACACUCAGUUUUCCAGAAGAGGAGCUCUAAAGAGAAGAAUGGAGUGGAACUUGAAUCUCUGGGCGAGCUGAAAAGUGCAAGUGACCCCGGCAAUAACACAAGUGGGGCAAUGAUUUUAGACAUGCACGGAAGCAGGAACGCUGUGCUCUUCUACCUGUUCAGUGUUAUGCUACGGAUUUUGGUGGAGUUUUGGUUUGUGUAUGUUCUGCUUUAUUGGAAUUUGCCUAAACUAAACAAAAAGGUGAUCAACUGUAAGAGUAUUGUCAAAGGAUGUCCAGAACAGGAGUGUUUGGUAAGGUCUACGGCAGAGAAAUGUAUGUCUAUCUAUGCUCUGGUGUCCAUUUCUAUUCUGGUCAUUAUCAGCAGUUGUGUAUUCUGUGUCUACUUCAUUGGCCACUACCUCUGUAACUGUUGUUCCAAAGGACCCCACAAUGUGGAAAGUCAUGGUUGUCAAAGUAGGUUUUAGUAAGUUUAGAACAAGUAUGUUCUUCCAUUCAUGUCUUUCUUUUUGUCUUUGCUAAACAUUUUCAAUCAAGUGUAACUUUUGUGUCAAAUCGUUUGAAUAGUGUUGCUGAAUUUUGCUGUCUUUUACUGAAGUGUGAAAUGUGUGGCA